CAUUUCCCUCGAAGUUGACGCACGCCAGCGUCGACGCCAGGAAGAAGACCAACAAUGGAGGCGAAGUCGAGUCCCUUCUUGGGCAAGACCGAGGAGGAAACGCUUCCGUUUUCUACUCAAACUCCCAUUCGCCGGAGGAAUGCUUACACCCGCUCGUUAGUGAAAUGUGCUUUGGUGCUAACCGGCUUGUGGGCUGCUAGGGGCUUCCUACUGGGUGGAAGGGACGCGCGCCGGCCGCAUUUCGCAGAUGUUCAUGGAGAUCCCUGGGCAAUCAGCGGAUUUGGCGCACCCGGGCCUCUCAAACAUCAUCAUCAGCCCCCGCUGAAGGGUGAAGCGGCGGAGAAGCUGUUCCUCUCUGUGCCUAACAAUGAGAGUGCAUUAGCCGCCUCGCGCACAUACGCCACCCAUCCUCAUCUUGCGGGGUCUGUGGAGGACUUUGAGGAUGCGAAGGUUAUCCUAGAGCUCUUCCAGACGGAGUUUGGCAUCCCUCCUCCCGAGGACGAGCCCAUCUUCUCUGCCGGUACCCCAGAGUCGCGGCACGCCACCUUACACAUCCCUCAUUACAAGAAGCCGAAGGCCUGGAUUGACGUAUACUACCCGGUCAUGAACACCCCUCUCGACCACAGUCUGCAGAUCUUCAAUGCGGAUGGAGAAAGCAUCUGGGAUGCCAACCUUGAAGAAGACGGCGACGAAGGAGACCCAGACGCCGCGAAAUAUAAGGAUGCCGUCCCAGCCUGGCACGGUCUCAGCCGCGGGGGUGAGGUGGAAGGCCACCUGAUCUACGCUAACUAUGGUACCAAGGAAGACUACGACAAGCUAGUUGAGGCGGGUGUCAACUUCACUGGGAAAAUUGUCCUCGCUCGCUACGGAGCCAUCUUCCGCGGCCUCAAGAUCAAAGGCGCUGAGGACCUAGGUGCAGCAGGGGUCCUCAUCUACUCAGACCCUCGCGACGAUGGCUUUGUUACAGCAGAGAACGGCUACGACGCAUACCCCGCUGGUCCCGCUCGUAAUCCGACCGCUGUGCAGCGCGGAUCCGUGCAGUAUAUUUCUGUCUACUCUGGUGACCCCAGCACACCUGGGUACCCCGCAUACGAGAACGCUCCAAGGACUGAAGGAAGUAAUAUCCCGAAGAUCCCCAGUCUGCCGAUCUCUUGGGCGAACGCUGUUCGUUUGCUCGAAGAAAUCGGUGGUGUCGACGAAGGUAGGAAGCUAGACGGUAAGACCAGUAGAACCACUGUUAAGCUCGUCAACCAUGUGGACGACAAAAUCACCCCUAUAUGGAACACGCUGGCUGUCAUCCCCGGUCAUGUUAGCUCUGAAGUAGUCUUGGUAGGAUGUCAUCGUGACGCCUGGGUUAUGGGCGCUGUCGACCCUGUCUCUGGCACUGUCUCUAUUCAUGAGAUUGUCAAAGGCUUCGGAGAGCUGAUUCGAAACGGAUGGAGGCCUCUUCGCACUAUCGUAUUCGCGAGCUGGGAUGCUGAAGAGUAUGGCCUCAUUGGCAGUACAGAAUGGGCCGAAGAUUUCGCUGAAUGGCUCCCCGAGCAUGUUGUGUCGUACCUCAAUCUAGACGUCUCUGUCGCGGGCUCGCGGUGGCAGGCAUCCGCCUCUCCUUCUUUGGCUGAUCUUAUCAAGAAGACUGCCAAGGACAUCACGCACCCUACUGACCCUCAGCGUACCCUCUGGGACGCGACCACCGAUAACGGUCCGUUUGAAGGUGAAGCGGAUGCGGAGUUCACGAAGAUGUAUGAAUCUGAACAGAGCACCCGGGAGAAAUAUCAGACUGGGAUUAGCCCUCUUGGGUCAGGAAGCGACUUCACUGCCUUCCUGCAGCAUCUGGGGAUCGCAAGCUCUGAUCAGGGCUUUGGAUUCACACCAUCUGAUGCCGUGUAUCACUAUCAUUCUAUUUAUGAUUCUCAGAGGUAUCAAGAAGUGUAUGCCGACCCUGGCUUCCACCGCCACGUUGCCGUUGCGAAAAGUCUUGGUCUCUUGACUCUACGUCUCGCUGAUGCAAUCAUUCUACCUCUGAACACAACCCAGUAUGCAUUCGAACUAGACAGUUAUCUGGAUAUUGUCGAAGAGCAAGCUUCCCAGGCGUCCUUGGACACUCCGGACUUUUCUGGCUUACGCGCCUCCAUACGGAGGUUGCAGUCCGUCAGUCUGGAGUUAGAUAAGGAGAAGAUUGAAGCCGAAGAGGAGUUCAAGAACUUACUCGAUGAGAUCCGCAAGAAGCCUGCCUUCCUGAAGAGGAUCAUCCGCUGGCUCAAGAAGGUUUUCCGUCAUCACCGCCAUCACCAUCAUGACGAUGACUUGUCGUCGGAAGAUGAGAGUCUCAGGUUUGCGCACGACCUACUUGCCGCGUACGGUGAACCUCCCCGGCACCACCACAGGCCUACUCUGGGUCCCCUUCCCCCUCACGCCUGUGCUGAACAUAAGCUUGGCCGUCCUCCGCGCCACCCUGAUGCAGGAUUCCCACAUCCACAUGGUUUCCCUAUUCGGAAGUUUAUCCAGGCAGCGAAGAGAAUUCAAAAGAUAAACAAGAAGUUGAGUUCGUUCGAGAGAGGCUUCAUCUCGGAGGAAGGCAUCAAGGAUAGAGAAUGGUACAGACAUCUUGGUGUCGCGCCUGGAAAGUGGUUGGGCUACGGCGCAACCACCUUGCCAGCCCUGACAGAAGCCAUCACUAUUGACAAGGACGUGGCCCUUGCAGAACACGAAGUAUCUCGUCUGGUAAACGUGGUUGAGGGCCUGGCUACGUCAUUGCAGAGCUGAGCGAGGAUCUCUUGAUGACAAGCAAAUAAUCAAAUAGCUUAUGUAUGCAUUGAUUGUACGCGCAUCUGCAGCAGGCAGUCAUACUUCUGUGCUGUACACUCCGUUAGGUGCAUAUUACAGCUUUCCAACGCCACUGUCCUAUUUGACCGGCUUCGGCGAUUCAACGAACUGUAUGCUGUCCCCGAUGCGUGUUAUGUCGGAGCUGUUGUCGGAUC